UCUUCGGUCGGCUCUUCUCCAUUUCCACUCUUCCCGCUGACACAGCAGGGCGCUCGCCGCCGCGCCGCGCAUGCCAAUGGCCACCGCCGCCGCCGCCGCUUUCUCCUCAUCCCGUAUCUCUUCCUCUAUUUCAACUCGUAUCCGCCGGAGACGCCCCGCGCCGCGCGCCUCCGCAGGCGGCGUCACGGCGCGCGCCCGGCGGCUGCGCUGCGAGUUCGUCGCCGGCGGAGGGAACGGAGCUCUCUCCGGAGAGGACGACCCUCGCCUCAUCGACCGCCAAAAAGCUCUUGAUGCAGCCAUGAGUGACAUAAACAACUCUUUUGGAAAAGGAAGCGUUACAAGAUUAGGCAGUGCCGGUGGUGCUUUUGUUGAGACGUUUCCAAGUGGUUGUUUAACACUAGAUUUUGCUCUGGGUGGUGGCCUUCCAAAAGGAAGAGUAGUGGAGGUAUAUGGUCCAGAAAGCAGUGGAAAAACAACCCUUGCUCUGCAUGCAAUUGCUGAAGUACAGAAACUAGGAGGAAAUGCCAUGCUUGUCGAUGCAGAGCAUGCUUUUGACCCAGCUUAUUCAAAAGCUCUUGGGGUGGAUAUUGAAAAUCUGAUUGUCUGCCAACCUGAUAAUGGAGAGAUGGCACUAGAAAUUGCGGACCGUAUGUGCAGAUCUGGAGCAAUAGAUCUCAUCUGUAUUGAUUCAGUGUCAGCGCUCACUCCACGUGCAGAGAUUGAAGGUGAGAUAGGAAUGCAGCAGAUGGGUCUACAAGCUCGUCUGAUGAGUCAAGCGCUGCGAAAGAUGUCAGGCAAUGCCUCAAAGGCUGGCUGUACUCUUAUAUUCUUGAAUCAAAUAAGAUACAAGAUUGGAGUAUUCUAUGGGAAUCCUGAAGUCACUAGUGGAGGGAUAGCUUUGAAAUUUUUUGCAUCCGUUCGCCUUGAGAUACGGCCCAUUGGGAAGAUAAAAUCUGCCAAGGGAGAUGAAGACAUUGGUGUGAAGGUUCGUGUCAGAGUGCAGAAAAGCAAAGUCUCUAGGCCCUACAAGCAAGCUGAAUUUGAAAUCAUUUUUGGGGAGGGUGUUAGUAAAUUGGGGUGUGUUCUUGAUUGUGCUGAGCUGAUGGAAGUAGUUGCAAAGAAGGGUUCAUGGUACAGCUACAAAGAUAUAAGAUUGGGCCAAGGCAGGGAAAAGGCACUACAGUAUCUCCGAGAGAACCCAACCAUCAGCGAUGAGAUAGAGAAGGUGGUUAGAGCUAUGAUACCAGAAGGAACCAGACAUAUGAGCCUACUAGCUUUUGGGCAGUCAUCAUCAAGUGAAGACGAACAAGUGUAUGAUGAGCAAUAGCAGUGCAUGAGGUCUGAAGAUGAACAACCGUGAAGCCAUCGGGCACCACAAUUCUGGGCUUUUGUCCCUAUGUGAUGGCACGAAAGACCAGAGGUGAUCAAACAGCAUGCAGUGGUGCGUGCGCUGUUGUAGGGGAGUUUGGCUGAUGAGUUGUGCCACCACUGAGAAUGAUAUAACUCGUGGUGGGGCAUUUAUAGAAUUAUAGUGUAUGACGAAGGAACUGAUUUUUCAAAUUAAUUAAGCUAAUUUCUAUUUGCACAUCUA